UCUUGGGUUAUCGUGCACAGCCCCUGAUGACUAGUUACUAGUAUGACACUUGGUUGCACCGUAUUUCAUGUACGUCUCGCUGCGCGAUAGGUAUUGUGCUGUUCUCGACGAGUGUAUACAGCUUCUGGACUACACGACAGACAUGGUGCCGCCCGCCAGGACAAUAACCACACCGAGUCGGACCAAAACCCCGACGACCUCGACCGCUUCCAGUCCAUCGCUGCGGUCAAAAACACCAGUUACCGUUCCCAUGGCCCCCUUAAAUGGCAACGGAAACCCAGGAGGAAACGUCAAGGUCGUGGUUAGAGUCAGAGGAUUUCUCCCACGAGAAAUCGAAAGAGGAGCACAAUGUCUGAUAGAAAUGAAUCCGGAGACGCAAUCGACGAAACUGCUUCCGCCGCCAUCGACCGACCCUGCGAAUGCCCGAGCCCAGACUAGAAAGGUGCUGGAGGAGAAGACCUUUACUUUCGACAGAUCGUUCUGGUCACACAACACAGAGGACAGCCACUAUGCCACACAAGAGGAUGUUUACAAUAGUCUAGGAGAAGAAUUUCUGGAUCAUAACUUUGAAGGCUAUCACACAUGCAUUUUCGCGUACGGCCAGACUGGUUCGGGCAAGAGCUACACCAUGAUGGGCACCCCAGAGCAGCCAGGCCUGAUCCCAAGGACCUGCGAAGAUCUUUUCGAGAGGAUCGAAUCGAAUGAAAGCGCGAACAUAAGCUACAGCGUCCGAGUCUCCUACUUUGAGGUGUACAACGAGCAUGUUCGCGAUUUGUUCCAGCCCCGGACUGAUCCUCCCCAAUAUCUUAAAAUCAGAGAGUCACCAACUGAAGGGCCAUACGUCAAGGAUCUGACGGAGAUUCAGGUCAAGAAUUACACUGAGAUCCUCAAGUAUAUGCGCAUGGGCGACAGUUCAAGGACCACAGCUUCGACCAAGAUGAACGACACUUCGUCGCGGUCGCAUGCCGUAUUCACCAUCAUGCUCAAGCAGAUCCACCACGACUACCGCACAGACGAAACCACCGAGAGACUGGCACGAAUCCGCCUAGUCGACCUGGCUGGUUCUGAACGCGCAAAAGCCACCGAAGCCACUGGUCAAAGACUUCGCGAAGGCGGAAACAUCAACAAAUCGCUGACCACGCUUGGCAGAGUGAUUGCGGCGUUGGCCGAUCCGAAACAUGCGCGGAUGCACAACUCCAAGCGGACAAGUCGCGACAUUGUCCCCUAUCGUGACUCAAUCCUCACCUGGCUGUUGAAGGACUCCUUGGGCGGAAACUCCAAGACGGCAAUGAUCGCAUGCAUUGCGCCCUCUGAUUACGACGAGACUUUGUCCACUCUCCGCUAUGCAGACCAGGCCAAGAAUAUCCGCACCAAGGCGAUCGUCAACCAGGACCAUGUUUCGUCUGCAGAGAAGGACGCUCAAAUCGCCGAGAUGCAAGAGACGAUCCGUACUUUGCGCUGGACUUUGAGCCAACAGCAGCAGAACGGUAGUGCCUCAGUCAUAAAAGUUGUCCAAGAAAAUGCGGACGCUCAGUCCGAGAAGAUACGCGAAUUCACAUCGAAAUACGAGAACAUGUUGCAAAUUAUGGAAGAGAAACUCGCCAUUUCUGAGUCUAAAGUUCGGCAGCUCGAGGAAGAAAAGGAGGCCUUGAGUAUUCAUUUGAAGUUGGUUCUCGAAGAACUCAAGAAUCCCAUUGUCAUCGACAGUAGGGAAGAGAGCGUUUCAGCUUCUCCACAGGAGCGAUCCAGAUCGGCUACGCCCGAAAUGAUCUAUGAGGAUGAUACGGCUUCCGGCGACGACGAAGUUGACACGGAAUCCGAUUGUGAUGAUGAUGCAGAGGAAAUGCAGGCCGAAAUGGAGUCGUUGAUUUCGGACUUGGCCAUGUUCAAGAAAAAGCUCGCGGCCGACCAGGAGACAUUCGGAAUCAGUGUUGCGGCAUAAUUGGGCCGAAUGAAUAGACAUGACCCUACCGUCACUGGCCAGCAGUUGAAGUACAGGGAUCUGUCGUAAGAGAAACUUGAUGACUGUGUAAUGAUGAAGUCCAUAGGAAGCGAGCGAGGCGUUCGGUUUUGAGUACGUACUAUUCUGAGAGGAUGCCACACUGGAUGGCGGGUAAAGCGUGAUUCAACCUUCAAUACCAGAUUGGAUUAUUUCAUCCUCGCCAUGUCUUUUCCC